CCUAAUUUUUUGUCGAUGUCCUUAUAAUCCUCCUCAUUUUCCUAAAUCCAACACUAAUUUCCACCCACAUCCCUGAACUUAAACUUGAGUCGAUUUUGUGCUUUUCUGUGUCUUAAUUCCCAUUGGAAUUCCAUCAAAAUUAAAUAAAUUUUUACAGUUAUCAUAGGUAGAUAUGAAUCAUGAUCAUGGCAUGGGAGGCAUGGCACCAGCAACACAGUCAACCAAUGGCACCGCCGGGAUGCACCACCACGGGAUGAUGAUGAUGAUGCAUAUGACCUUCUUCUGGGGCAAGAACGCCGAGAUCCUCUUCCCAGGCUGGCCCGGCUCGAGUGCCUGGAUGUAUGGAUUAGCCUUGAUAUUGAUCUUUGUACUUGCUUUCCUUGUUGAAUGGCUCUCUCAUUCUAAUCACUUGAUCAAGCGAGGAUCGAGCAAUGUCUCAGCUGGCCUUUUGCAAACGUUCUUGCAUGCCAUAAGGGUUGCUCUUGCUUAUCUGGUGAUGCUUGCUGUCAUGUCUUUUAAUGUUGGGGUGUUUCUUAUGGCGGUUGCUGGCCAUACCUUGGGGUUUUUGUUGUUUGGCAGUAGGAUGUUCAAGAAAAAUACAGAAGUGUUGUCUUAUGAGAAAACCUCUGAUCUUCCUCCUAUGAGUUGCUGAUGAUCUAUGCAAUGUAUCCUUCUGUCUUAAAUUUCCAAUUUCCAGUACAUUUUACUUUUAUAUAUAUCUUCACCCUCUUGUUAUAUUUCACUUUAGAACUUGUGAGAUUUAUCAGUCAAUUCCUUAAUGAUAUGUGUUACGUUAUAGCUUGGUUCUUA